GGCAGGGCUGCGGUCCUCAGUCCUGGUAAACAAAGCUGCGCCGCUGGGCUGCCGGACGGCCGAAUCCCGCUCGGUUCGGAGGGAGACACGAUGAUAAAACCCUCCGGUUGACGCUACACUGAGCGGAACCUCCGGUUGCUACCGAGCGAUACCGGCGACAGCAGCUCAGAAGAAGCAGCGCGCCUCUUGACUCCGGCCAGACCUCCAGGAGCAGCGGCUCAGUCCGGGUCCCCGGUGCUGCCAUGACCCGGCCUGCGGUCUGACAGGAAGAUAAUGGCUGCGGAGCUGUUUCCCACUAAGAAGCUGGUUCCGUCAGCUAGCAGCACCACGUCCAUCCAGCAGUACCAGCAGCAGAACCUGACCAACAACAACACUGCGGCGGCCGCGCACGGCUGCUGCAACUGGCAGGGCCUGUACCCGACCAUCCGAGAGAGGAAUUCAGUCAUGUUCAACAAUGAGAUGAUGGCAGAUGUUCACUUUGUGGUCGGACCACCCGGUGGGACGCAGCGAGUCCCAGGACACAAGUACGUUCUGGCCGUCGGCAGCUCCGUGUUCCACGCCAUGUUCUACGGAGAACUGGCCGAGGACCAGGACGAGAUCCGGAUCCCCGACGUGGAGCCGCCGUCCUUCCUGGCCAUGUUGAAGUACAUCUACUGCGAUGAGAUCGACCUGUGCGCGGACACGGUGCUCGCCACACUCUACGCCGCCAAGAAGUACAUCGUGCCUCACCUGGCGCGCGCCUGCGUCAACUUCCUGGAGACGAGCCUGAGCGCCAAGAACGCGUGCGUGCUGCUGUCGCAGAGCUGCCUGUUCGAGGAGCCCGACCUGACGCAGCGCUGCUGGGAGGUGAUUGACGCGCAGGCCGAGCUGGCGCUGCGCUCCGAGGGCUUCUGCGACAUCGACGCGCAGACGCUGGAGAGCAUCCUGCGGCGGGAGACGCUCAACGCCAAGGAGAUGGUGGUGUUCGAGGCGGCGCUGAGCUGGGCCGAGGCCGAGUGCCAGAGGCGGGAGCUGCCGCCGAGCAUCGAGAACAAGCGGCUGGCGCUGGGGAAGGCCAUCUACCUGAUCCGCGUCCCCACCAUGGCACUGGAGGACUUCGCCAACGGAGCGGCGCAGUCCGGCGUGCUCACGCUCACCGAGACCAACGACAUCUUCCUGUGGUACACCGCCGCCAACAAGCCCGAGCUGCUGUUCUGCACCAAGCCGCGGAAGGGCCUGUCGCCGCAGCGCUGCCACCGCUUCCAGUCGUGCGCCUACAGGAGCAACCAGUGGCGCUACCGCGGCCGCUGCGACAGCAUCCAGUUCGCCGUGGACAAGCGCGUCUUCAUCGCCGGCUUCGGCCUGUACGGCUCCAGCUGCGGCUCGGCCGAGUACAGCGCCAAGAUCGAGCUGAAGCGCCAGGGCGUGCCCAUGGCGCAGCGCAUCAUCAAGUACUUCUCGGACGGCUCCAGCAGCACCUUCCCCGUCUGGUUCGAGUACCCGGUGCAGAUCGAGCCCGACACCUUCUACACCGCCAGCGUGGUGCUGGACGGCAACGAGCUCAGCUACUUCGGCCAGGAGGGCAUGACCGAGGUGCAGUGUGGGAAGGUCACCUUCCAGUUCCAGUGCUCCUCGGACAGCACCAACGGCACCGGGGUGCAGGGAGGCCAGAUCCCCGAGCUCGUCUUCUACGCCUGAGCCGGACGCCGCCUCACCGCCGGACUCCAGACUUGACCUGAAGCUGCAGAGUCCUGGAUCCUCCUGGACCCACCGCAGAGCCUCCAAGAUCAGAGCACACAGACCCUGCAGCCUCACAGGUCCCACAGGCAGCAGGCCGGUUCCACGUGUCUCACGGGCGUCUCCACUUUGUCAAAGUUACAAAUCCUAAUUUCUGAGGAGAGCGUGUGUUUGUUGGGGACUACUUUCAGCAGCGGAUUAAUCCACACAUUUACAAAAUCACCUGAUUUCUCUUUAGCCUUCUGAACUCCAACCAGCAGGUUUUGGGGCUUUGAUUCUGUCUCAGGUUCCUUCACUCAGGUUCAUGUUUCAGCACAAAGUCCUGCAGCUCUGAGGGACCAGAACCACAUGAAGGAGGAGACAGAACUCAGAGACGUCUGCUGUCAGCAGGAUGUGAGUCAACGUCAAAGUGGUUGUGAUUGAAUGUUGGAUUUCAAGCUCAGAGAUGUUGAUGUUUCCUGAAGGUGGUUGAAGGACCAGCAGGUCUCCAGCUUUGAUAAAUGAUUUAUUUUAAAGAUAACUUGUCUUUGGGGUUCAGAAGGUUAAUAUUCGCCUCAGUGUGUGAAAGGAAGCAGCCGUGUUCAGAAUCUGUUUAAUCAUCUGCUGAUUGAAGAGACGUCCAGACGGUCGAGGUGUGACCGAAGACAAUCAUCUGUGUUCUGUCGACGUUGUUUCAGCUCCACGUUGGAUUUAUUUCCAGAUGUUCAGCCGUUCAUGUAUUAUAAGCUGAUGGAGCAGCAGUGUUCUCACAGCCGGGGCGGCGUCAGGAAGUCGCUGCAGCGUCCAUUCAAAAGAAAAGCCUCAAACGAACACAGACCUGCACCGCCUGACUUCUGCUUCGUUUAACCGGCCUGAAGGAAAAACCGGAGCAGAAUAAACCUGCACAAACACGUCACGUCAUCAGAUUAAAGUCUGGUUAGAAUCUAGUUAAAAUAACGAGAAAGAUGACACAUCAUGAUAAUCUGACAUUUUAUCUUGAUUAAAUAAUAACGCUCUGUAGUUCUGGGUUAAUAUUAAUGUUUGUUUUUUUUAAUCACCACAUAAAGAGUCAAAUUUAAUAUUUAAAAACAGAAAAUAUCUGAUGAAAAGACUUCUGAUGAAUGAGAUUGAAUCAUUUCACACCUAAUCAGGAGCUAACCGUAGAAGAUAUUACACAUUCGUUUCAUGUUAUCCUUAAAAAACAAUCAGUCACGGUCCUCCAUCAGCACCGUAAACUACCAGUGAGUCCAGUGAGUCCAGUGGGUCCAGUGGGUCCAGUGAGUCCAGGGUUCUCGUGGGAGGUUUCCGUGGAGAUAAACUGCUCAGUUGCAGCAUCUCAGUUUGUGGCCUUAUUAAAGAAAGCUCUUAUUUUGUAGGAGGAGGACCUGGGAGGCUGUAGAACGUGUUUCCUGUGCAGAUCGUCGCUCUGAAACAUUCCUGCUCCUGCUGAAGGACUU